GGUAUGUUUAAAGGCAGACUAAUUAUCUCCACUAACUGACAUCAGAAGCGUGUCUUCACAGCUUAAGAGCAAGAUUGUGCUAAGCCACUCCUCAACUGAGGUUGACUUUUUUUCAAUGUUGUAAGAGCGUCAAAAGAAAUUAGUCCAGGACAUCAAUUGAAGAUGUAGUUAUUUAAUGCCCAAUUGCUGUAUACGUUUGCGUCACUACAACAAGAUACAUGACAGUAAAAUGCGUUCAGUGACUGAUCACACAGAAAAUAAAUUUGCUACUUUUACUUUUAGUAAAGACUUUCAAAAGCUGCCUCGACUAUUUAAUGAAGGUGAGCAGCAGCCAAUGAAUUUACUUGCAACACUGGAGGUCAAAGGAGAGCGCAGGUUUGGAUGGAGUAGACAUAUCUUUGCUUGGAAAGCCAAACAUGGGACCCUGUUUAUGGGAGUAAUAAUAUUGUGCCUAGUUAUGGUAUCUUAUAUUUUAACUAGAGACCAACAGAAAUUAUUGUUGACUCCAUCCCCAUUCCAGUACAGUACAACCACAAAUAAUGAAGAAUCUCCAGAAUUGGACCUUACAGAAAUUGAAGGUGAUGCUGAUGGGCUUUCCUUACCAUUUAAUUGGUUAGAAAGAAUCAAUUAUGCAACACGCGAACUCAGCACUGAUUCCAAACUUCAGCUCAUGCCAAGGAGACUGCCAGAGCGGGAGGACCUUGUAAAACAAGAGGCACAUAUAUUCUCUGUCAUUCCAAGAAACUUUCUUCAAAGUGUGAAGAACCAUUGUUGGUAUACAAGAUAUACAGGGACUGCAUCUACGGACCCUUACAAGAAAAAUGCUUAUUUUUUACACACAAAACAUUUUCAGACUAUAUUUGAUUACUUGAAAAAGGUAAUUUGGAAACACUUGCAACACCGUGGUGAUGAACACUACCGCCUCCGCUGUCUUCCUUAUUUCUAUAUUAUAGGGCAGCCAAAGUGUGGGACUACAGAUCUGUAUAACAGACUUAGAUUGCAUCCGGAAGUGAGUUUUUCCAUAGUCAAAGAACCUCACUGGUGGACAAGGAAAAGAUUUGGUCAUCUGAAAGUCCACAACUUCCAUAUGUUGAAGAACAUGAGGAAGUACAAUAGUCUUGAAGCACCAGUGCGUGGCUCUACAGCAGGUUAGUUUCUGUCUCAGGCUCUCUACUGUAAAGAGAUACUGAAUAAUGGUCAGUCCAGAAAGAGGUUCUUGUCAAGACACGUCAUACACAAUAGUUAAAGCAAUAUCAUAACGGAGUGGGAAGAGGACUGACCACAGAUUUUUCCAUUCAGGGUCUGGAUUUAAAAUGUGGGUUUGGGGUGCAGAAUGAUGGAAAGGGAAAAAAAAUGUCAAAUUGAAACAUUCUUAUAUCCUUAAUGAGUCAUUUGCACAGAUGAACAUGACCCUUUGCAUUAUUGAGAGAUAGUAAGAACUGCCGAUGCUGGAGUCUGAGAUAA